AUGGACAUCAACAGGCGACUGGGGAUGCGGGACACCGUGCUGGCGCUCUUCAUCGCUGUCCUGCAGGGACUCCCUGUCGGGGAAGCGGUACCAAACCCUUCACCGCUGCUUGGAUCCAACUGGGGGAACCCGAGAAGAUACGUCCACCUGCAGACCUCCACUGACCUCAGCAACUUCUACUUAGAGAUCAGGGUGGAUGGCACUGUGCGCAAAGCUACGACCAGAACGUCAUACAGUGUGAUUUUAUUGAAGGCUGAAACAAGGGAGCGCAUGGCCAUCCUUGGCGUCAAAAGCAAUCGUUACCUGUGUAUGGAUUUGGAGGGCAAUCCGUUCAGCUCGCCCAUCUGCCUCCGGGACGACUGUCUGUUCAACCACCGGCUGCUGGAGAACAACCGGGACGUGUACUACUCCACCCGGACCGGCAUCCUGCUCAACCUGGAGGGGUCCCGGCAGGUGUUCUCUGCGGGCCAGAACCUGCCGCAGACCUCGCUCUUCCUGCCCAAGAGGAACACGGUGCCGCUGGAGCGCCUGCUGCUGCAGCACCGGGAGAAGAGGAACCGGGUCGUGGACCCCUCGGACCCGCACAGCUUCUACCAGUGGCAGCCCGAGGACGCCAACGACUCCCGCGCCGUGCCAGAGGACGACGCGGACCCGGACCUGGAGGUGGAGGUGGAGGUGGAGGCCGAGGUGGAGGUUGGGGACGACGGCCGCAACGCGUCCAGAGAGACGCCGCUGGCCCCGGCCCCGGCCUCCCACGACCCCUGGAACGUGCACUCGUUUAGAGCCUGAAUUAUGGUUCCGCGUUAAACCAUAGAACCAUAAAUCAGACUCCCCUAGACGCCUUAACUAUACUAUGCGUGAGUUCAGUUUAACAUUCUAGCUUAGACCAGGCUUUAUAUCGGAACAUUGGUAAUAGAGCAAUUAAGCUGCCGCUUGUUUUUACACUGACUUCGAUGGAAGAGUAUUAGGGCCAGACAGGAGAAAAAUAAAAAUAAUAUUUUAGAGGAGGAAGAUUUUUUGUUUUUCAUUGUGCACUUCGAGAAAAAAGUCGAAAUGUCGAGAAAAAAGUCAAAAUGUGGAGAUUAAUGUUUAAGUACAAUUUAAAGAAAAGUCGAAAUGUCGAGAAUAAUGUUUAAGUACAAUUUCGAGAAAAAAGUCGAAAUGUUGAGAAACAAGUCGAAAUGUUGAGAAACAAGUCGAAAUGUCGAGAUUAAUGUUGAAGUACAAUUUAAAGAAAAAAGUCGAAAUGUCAAGAAUAAAGUUCAAGUACAAUUUCGAUAAAAAAAGUCGACAUGUUGAGAAAA